AACAACAGGAGGAUCCAAACAGCUUCCCAUCCUCCUCCUCUAAUUGGUCAGAGCGCCCCAGAAGAGCUGGUGGCCAACAUGAGUCUGACUUCGCUGCAGUCAGCUCAGUCUGCCGCUCAGCCUCGCUGCGUCCAGACCACGAUCCAACAUGUCCAACACAUGUGGGGGGGAGACGACGUCCAGGCUCGGUCCGGUACGCGUCGCCUGAUAUACCGUGUGUGACAUCAAGUGUGCGGCCGAAUUUUUUUUUUUUUUUUUUCCCUCCUUCUUCAGCUUGUUUGUGUGAGAUGGUUCUGCGUUUGCCAUGGCAAGAGAUCUGCUUCCAUGGGGGCUCUUCAGAAAGCCUCUGUGCAUCCAGGCCAGAUUUUCCUACCUACAUAUGAAGUACCUGUUCUUCUCCUGGCUGGCGGUGUUCGUGGGGAGCUGGAUAGUGUAUGUAGAGUACUCAGCCUACACGGAGCUGUGUCGUGGGCACGACUGCAAGAAUUCAAUAUGUGACAAAUUCAGAAAAGGAGUCAUUGAUGGCUCAGCCUGCAGCAGCCUGUGUGAGAAGGACACGCUUUACCUGGGGAAGUGCUUCACUGCCAAACCCAACAGCCAGGUGUACUCUGGGAGCUGGGGAGACCUGGAGGGAGUAAUUAAGUGCCAGAUGGAGGAUGCUCCUCAUUAUGAUUUAGGAAGCGAGAUUGAGCCCAGGAAGGAAGCUUCAGCCUUCAACAAGCCCACCAAGGGGACCUCUGUGGAAAAGUUCAGAGAGAUGAUCCACAACCACCUAAAGGCUAAAGUGGGGGAUCAGGCCAACCUUGCAGACUUGGCAACCCAAGUACUGUCUAUAACGGACGCUAAUAAGGACGGUCACAUCUCCCUGCCUGAGGCUCGCUCCACAUGGGCUCUGCUGCAGCUAAAUGAAUUCCUGUUAGCGUUAGUCCUGGAAGACAGAGACCACACGCCCAAGUUACUGGGCUUCUGCGGGGACCUGUACGUGAUGGAGAAGGUGCCAUACUCUCCUCUGUAUGGGAUCAGUCUGCCCUGGAUCAUCGAGGUGUGGAUCCCUGCCGGUCUGCGCCGCAGCAUGGACCAAUGGUUCACCCCGUCCUGGCCACACAAGGCAAAGAUCUCCAUCGGACUGUUGGAACUGGUCGAGGACGUCUUCCAUGGCACUUUUGGCAGCUUCCUCAUGUGUGACGUGAGCGCAACCAGUUUUGGUUACAAUGAUCGGCACGACCUGAAGGUGAUGGACGCGCGGUACAUUGUUCCUGAAGCCAUCUUCCAAGAGGACAUCAGGCAGCAGCGCUGCGACGUCGACGACGACUGUCUCUACGGGGCAGACUGCCUCACUUCCUGUGACCUCACCAAGCACCGCUGCGUUCCUGAGGUCACCAGACCAAACUUAGCCAAAGCCUGCGAAGCACUCAAGGACUAUAUUCUCAGAGGUGCGCCAUCCGAUGUAAGAGAGGAACUCGAGAAGCAGCUGUACGCCUGCAUCGCACUGAAAGGUUCAGCCGAGCAGAUGGAAAUUGAGCACUCACUGAUUCUGAACAAUCUGAAGACUUUGCUGUGGAAGAAAAUCUCUCAUACAAAAGACUCCUAAUAAAUAAGCACAAAGACCGA